ACCUUUUGUAUAAAAUCACUAAAGAAUCAUAAAUAAUUUAUAAUGUAAUUUUAAAUGUUCUCUCAAAUGUACAAUAAAUUGCAAGUAAUGUCGUACUAAAAUUAUUACAACUCUUGGGAAAAAUAAUUUAAUAGAAGGAAUAAAAUUGUUAUUUAAUAAGAAAAUUAAAUUGUUUUUAAAUUCAUUCUACUUAAUAGAUAAAUAAAAUGCCUUUAAAAGGAAUAAAAGUUUUAGAAAUGGCAGGUUUGGCUCCUGGUCCAUUUUGUGGAAUGAUUUUAGCAGAUUUUGGAGCAACAGUCAUUAAAAUUGAACGUAUUGGGACAUCUAUUGUAUCUGAUUGUUUAAGUAAUGGUAAAAAAUCUAUAUCCUUGGAUUUAAAAAAAGAAAAGGGAAUUGAAAUAGUAAAAAAAUUGAGUAUGGAAAGUGAUGUGAUUAUAGAUCCAUUUAGAAAAGGAGUAAUGGAAAAACUAAAAAUUGGACCUAAUGAUUUAAUGUCAUUUAAUAAGAAAUUAAUUUACGCUCGAUUAACCGGUUAUGGACAAAAUGGGCCUUUUGCUGAUUGUGCUGGACACGAUAUCAAUUAUUUAAGCUUGUCUGGACUUCUUUCGCUAAUUGGUCGUUACAAUGAAAAGCCAAUACCACCUGUAAAUUUGGUAAGUGAUUUUGGAGGAGGAGGUUUAAUGUGUGCAUUAGGAAUAAUUUUAUCACUUUUUGAACGAACAAAAACUGAAAUGGGACAAAUUAUCGAUGCAAAUAUGGUUGAAGGUACAGCAUAUUUAGGAAGUUGGAUAUUUAGAUCACAAAAUGUUCCCACAUUAUGGGGAGAGCCUAGAGGGAAAAAUGUACUAGAUACAGGAGCACAUUUUUACAAUACUUAUGAAACAAAAGAUGGACAAUAUAUGUCUAUUGGUGCAAUAGAACCAAAAUUUUAUGCAAUUUUAUUAGAAAAAUUAAAUCUUAAUGAAAAUGAUUGUCCUCAUUUUUAUGAUUUUGAGAAAGGAAAAGAGAAAUUUGGAAAAAUUUUUAAAGAAAAAACACAAAAAGAAUGGUGUGAAAUAUUUGAUGGUUCUGAUGCUUGUUGCACACCUGUUUUAACAUUAGAAACAGUGAAAAAUCAUCAGCAUAAUAAAGCAAGAGGAACUUUUUUCCAUAACAAUAAUGAUACUUUAAUUCCAAAUCCUGCUCCAAAAUUGUCAAGAACACCUGGAAUAUCAUCGGUUAUUCGUAAUGCAAUUCCAGAGCAGGGAGAACAUUCUAUUGAAAUUCUUUCUCAACUUGGUUAUAAUUCUAAAGAAAUUAAUGAAUUUAUUUCUUCUGGUAUUGUUCAUUCCGCUAAAAAACCAUCAAAAUUGUAAAUAUUUUAGAAUUUUCCGAAAAUAUAAAAGAAAAAUUUAAUUGUUAAUUAAAUUCUUAUUUUUAAUAAUAAAAAUAAAAAUAUUCUCUUAAAUUUAAAAAAAAAA